AUAUAUAUUAGAUAAGACAUAUCACAGAUCAGAAGGACACUAUUGGUAAAGUGGACGUGUGUCAUAAGAAAUACGGUCGUCGAAGAACCGACUUCUUGAUCUCCGUAUAAAAUUGUUCUCCGAGUUUUUCGUACCAUCUGUUAAUCGAAUUUGAUGAAUUGUGAUUAUAUUAUGGAAAAAUCCACGAUGGAGUUGAAUGCGCAGAAGGAUCCAAUGCAACACAAUCUACGACUAUCGAUUCGAGCCUUUUAUAUUCUCGGUAAUCUCAUAUUAGCCUUUUUAGGAAAAGGUGGAUUAACCGUGACUAUUAUAAGCAAAAUAGACAUGAUCGACGACCUGACACUGUUGGAUCACUAUCAGAGCAUACAUGUCAACGUUUUCUUAGCCGCCACGAUCUUGCUGAUUCUGCUCGGUUGGCUCGGUAUUUUUGGCGGUUCGAGAAAUUGUUAUAGAUCAACGCGGUUGAACGGAGUAUUAUUAGGAUUUUUUCUGAUAAUCAUGGUUGCGUAUACUGUUGCGAUGAGCAUAGUCACGGAUUAUAGUCAGCGUGGUGAUCUGUAUCGACAUAUGCAAAAAGACAUGAUUAAUUACGAUAAUAUCGUUGAUAAACUACGAACUCAGUUUUCUUGUUGCGGACUUGACGAUAUCACUACGUGGUAUUCAACAGAAAUUCCUGCGUCUUGUUGUCGAAAUGACGAAACGAAAUGCGUCAUAGGUUCUCCUUAUUUGCAAACUAAUAGUUGCUUCAAGGAGUUUACUCGCAUGGCGCGUUAUUACGCUUGGAUUAUCUUCUCCAUUCUCUUAUUCAUUGGGCUCAUGCAGAUCUUCGUAAUCAUGCUGUCGUCUGUGCAAUGUACAAUCAUUAAUAAUAGAGAACGAAAACGCGCAUUUCUGGAAAAGGAAGGUCUAAAAAUUCCAAGGCCUCAAGUGGCAUCUGUAAGCGUCGAAAACGAGAUUCAAAAUAGUGAAAAGGAAAAUGAAAAAGAAGAGGAAAAUAAAAAAGAAGAUGAAAAUGAAAAAGAAAAGGAAAAUGAAAAAGAAGAGAAAAAUGAAAAAGAAGAGAAAAAUGAAAAAGAAGAAAAGGAACAAGAUAAAGAGGUAAAAAAAAAGGAGGAAGAGAAGAAGGAAAAAGAAGAGAAGAAAGAGGAAAAUGAGAUUAAAAAGGAGCUUGCCAAAGAAAGUGAAGAGGCCAAAAAUUCGGAUAAAAAUGAUAAUGUGGAAGAGGCGAAACAAAAUACAUGUAGGAAUAUUCAUAGGAAUGUCCCAUCUACAUCACAUGUUAAUAUCUAUGAAUUUUUUUUUUAAAGUUAUUCUAAUAUCUCAUGAAACAUUUUUUCAAAUAUAUAAUGACACGCAUUCUCGCGACUUUUCCUCCCAAUACCAGAUCGCUUAACGGAUUUGAAGUUGCUAUAUCCUAUUAUUUAAAAUUAAAUUAACAUUGAAUUAAUUAAUAUAUGAUAUUGAAAGGUUUCAGGCUAUUUGAAAAUUUCCAUUAUCUAUCCAUCUACUACUAAAAAGUAAUCAAUUUAAGAUCAGUAAAGAAGUCUGUUAUUGGGAGAAAAAUUGACGAUCUCUCUUUCUCUCUAAGAAAUCUUACCGAUAUUUUUUCCUAUAUUCUCACAAUUAAUUUAGAAUUCUGUCCAUGUGUAGUAGAAUUAAUA